CUCCGACUGGCACGUGACUUGUUCUGUGGGCGCUGGGGUCGAGGAAGCUGUGAGGCCGGAGCUUAGGUCCGGGAGCGAUGGAGCGCUGAGCCGUUAACGUCUGCCAGGCCGCCUGCCUCCGCACCUGUUACCGCCGCCGCUUCCUCCUUUGGCACCUUCCUGGCUUUUUUCUUGAUUUCCAAAGAAGUACCUGGUAACAAACAUGACUGAAUUCUGGCUUAUAUCGGCUCCUGGGGAGAAAACCUGUCAGCAAACAUGGGAGAAACUGCAUGCGGCGACUUCAAAGAACAAUAAUCUUGCUAUUUCUUCCAAGUUCAACAUUCCUGACUUAAAGGUUGGCACACUGGAUGUUUUAGUUGGCUUGUCAGAUGAACUGGCCAAACUGGAUGCAUUUGUAGAAGGGGUGGUUAAGAAAGUGGCUCAGUACAUGGCUGACGUAUUGGAGGACAGUAAAGACAAAGUACAGGAGAAUCUGUUGGCUAAUGGAGUUGAUUUGGUUACUUAUAUAACCAGGUUCCAGUGGGAUAUGGCCAAAUAUCCUAUCAAGCAGUCCCUGAAAAAUAUUUCUGAAAUAAUUGCUAAGGGAGUAACUCAGAUUGACAAUGACCUGAAAUCUCGAGCAUCUGCGUAUAAUAACCUGAAAGGAAAUCUUCAGAAUUUGGAGCGAAAGAAUGCAGGAAGUUUGCUAACUCGAAGUCUGGCAGAAAUUGUGAAGAAGGAUGACUUUGUCCUUGAUUCAGAAUAUCUCGUCACAUUACUGGUUGUAGUUCCCAAGUUAAACCACAAUGACUGGAUCAAGCAGUAUGAAACUCUAGCUGAAAUGGUAGUUCCAAGGUCUAGCAAUGUUCUCUCAGAGGACCAAGACAGUUACCUUUGUAAUGUCACCCUGUUUAGGAAGGCAGUUGACGACUUCAGACAUAAAGCCAGGGAAAACAAAUUCAUCGUUCGUGACUUCCAGUAUAAUGAAGAGGAGAUGAAAGCAGAUAAAGAAGAAAUGAAUAGGCUUUCUACUGACAAGAAAAAGCAGUUUGGACCACUUGUGCGGUGGCUGAAAGUGAAUUUCAGUGAGGCGUUUAUUGCGUGGAUUCAUGUGAAAGCAUUAAGGGUUUUUGUUGAGUCUGUUUUAAGGUAUGGUUUGCCAGUGAACUUCCAAGCAAUGCUACUUCAGCCUAAUAAGAAGACAAUGAAGAAACUGAGAGAAGUAUUGUAUGAAUUGUAUAAACAUCUAGACAGCAGUGCAGCAGCUAUUAUUGAUGCUCCCAUGGAUAUUCCUGGCUUAAACCUGAGCCAGCAGGAAUACUACCCCUACGUGUACUACAAGAUUGAUUGCAACUUGCUGGAAUUCAAGUAAAACUGCAGCCCUUCGUACAGCCCUGUGCUUGUUUGUGUACUAGCAGAACCAGGCUGCAGUCUCAUAAUACUUUUAACUCUUGUCCUUUGCUUGCUCCCACCCCGUCCCUAGUGAGUUCUCCCACAGUGGUCCAUAUGUCAGUGUUUUCUUUUUAAAGGAAAAUAUAUAUAUUGAUUGUUUUUAUUGAUCAGGUCUGUAAAUGUGUACUAAAAAAAUCAGAGUUUAUUUAUAAACAGAAUAGUUUAUUUAAAGAGAAGGUCUUUCCUCAUUGAUAUUGUGAUAUGCAUUAAUUCCAUUUGUUACCUAUUGUGCACAAAAGCCUUGUUUACAAGGGAAUGGUGUAAACACUUAUACCAUUUUGUUCACUGUAUGUAGUAAACAUAACUGUUUCAUAGUUAUUGAAUCGUGAUGUAAAGAAAUGUGACGAUAUUCAGGUAUGUGCUUUCUGAAUGUUUCAAAUUACAAUCUGUGAGCACUGUUGACACCCACAGGAGAGAAUAAAAUUACCUGUGCAAAGGUGUAUUGUGGUGUGUGUAACUUCAGAUUACAAUUCAGUGUGAGAGUUUAAUAAAUGAUGUCAUAGCUAACUUGCUAUGCUACUUUCAGGAUCUUGUCAUAUGCUGAGGUGUGACUAUUUGUGUCUGACCUAUGUAUGAUUUAAUUGUGCCAAAUUUGGGUCAGAGCACAGAUUUGAAGAUAAUUUUUCAACAUAUGAUGAGUAUUUGCAUUUGGACACUAGACUUUUAGUUCUUGCAAAUAAGUGGGACCAAUUUUGAAUAAAGUAUAGCGAAACUAUGCAGUUUUGUAAUUUGUCUUAAGUAUUUUGCUUUAUUUUUUAAACAACUUUAACAACUUUUUUUUCUUUUUUUUUUUCUUUGU